GUGGCGGAGGGAUGGCUGGGCCGCAGGCCUGAAGCCCCAGAAUGCAGGGGUGGGGCAGCGCUGACCUCACAAUGGCGGAACUGCCCCCCCCCCCCCCCCCCGGCCAGUAUACCAGCCACGAAGUAGCUGCUACCACGUUCUGUUGGCCAUGUCCCUUCUUAGCAGCUAUGAGGGCCUGCGGCAGGAGAUUCAGCGGCUGGCACAGGAGAAUGAGGAGCUACGGCGGCUGGUACAGCUUAUCCAGGAGAACCAGGAACUGAAGCUGGUCCUCCGGAGCAGGGGCAGUGGCCUGGGCUUCUGCAGCUCAGGCUUUCUGGCGGAGGUCACCGGAGGCACCCGGGUGCCCAGGCGCAAGACAAUUAAAUUCAAGGAUGCUGAUAGAGUUCUCCCAGGGCUCCCGGCCGAAGAGCUGCAGCUGGACUCCAGCCACACCAGCAUGGCCACCCCCGAGGGCCGCUUCCAUUUUGCCAUCGACCGCGGAGGCACCUUCACAGACGUCUUUGCCCAGUGCCCAGGAGGGCACGUGCGGGUCUUGAAGCUGCUGUCAGAGGAUCCCGCCAACUACGCAGACGCGCCGACGGAGGGCAUCCGUCGGAUCCUGGAGCAGGAGGGGAGCUUGCUGCUGCCCCGAGACCAGCCUCUGGACACCAGUCAGAUCGCCAGCAUCCGCAUGGGGACCACAGUGGCCACCAACGCGCUCCUGGAGCGGAGGGGAGAGCGGGUGGCGUUGCUGGUGACACGUGGUUUCCGAGACCUGCUGCACAUUGGCACGCAGGCCCGCCCCGACCUCUUUGACCUGGCCGUGCCCAUGCCGGAGGUGCUGUACGAGGAUGUGGUGGAGGUGGAGGAGCGAGUGGUGCUGUACCGGGGAGAGCCAGGCGCCCGGUCUCCGGUGAAAGGCCGCACAGGGGACCUGCUGGAGGUGCAGCAGCCGGUGGACCUGGGGGCGCUGCGUGGGAAGCUGGAGGGGCUGCUGGCGCGGGGCAUCCGCAGCCUCGCCGUGGUGCUCAUGCACUCGUACACGUGGGCCCAGCAUGAGCAGCAGGUGGGCACACUGGCCCGGGAGCUGGGGUUCACACACGUGUCCCUGUCCUCGGAGGCCAUGCCGAUGGUGCGGAUCGUUCCCCGGGGGCACACAGCCUGCGCCGACGCCUACCUCACUCCUGCCAUCCAGCGCUACGUGCAGGGCUUCCGCAGAGGCUUCCAGGGCCAGCUCAAGGAUGUGCAGGUGCUCUUCAUGCGCUCAGACGGAGGCCUGGCGCCCAUGGACACCUUCAGCGGCUCCCGCGCGGUGCUCUCGGGGCCCGCGGGCGGCGUGGUUGGCUAUUCUACCACCACCUACAAGCUGGAGGGCGGUCAGCCCGUCAUUGGCUUUGACAUGGGAGGCACGUCGACAGACGUGAGCCGCUACGCCGGGGAGUUUGAGCACGUCUUCGAGGCCAGCACUGCUGGCGUCACCCUGCAGGCCCCCCAGCUGGAUAUCAACACAGUGGCGGCUGGUGGGGGCUCCCGCCUCUUCUUCAGGUCUGGCCUCUUUGCUGUUGGGCCCGAGUCUGCAGGUGCCCACCCAGGCCCCGCCUGCUACCGAAAAGGGGGCCCUGUGACCGUGACGGAUGCUAAUCUAGUCCUGGGUCGCCUGCUGCCUGCCUCCUUCCCCUGCAUUUUCGGGCCUGGAGAGGACCAGCCACUGUCCCCCGAGGCCUCCCGGAAGGCCCUGGAAGCUGUGGCAGCUGAGGUCAACAGCUUCUUGACCACCGGCCCCUGCCCCGCCUCCCCGCUGAGCCUGGAAGAAGUGGCCAUGGGGUUCAUACGCGUGGCCAACGAGGCCAUGUGCCGCCCCAUCCGGGCCCUCACCCAGGCUCGAGGCCACGACCCCUCAGCCCACGUGCUGGCCUGCUUCGGGGGAGCUGGUGGGCAGCACGCCUGUGCCAUUGCCCGGGCGCUCGGCAUGGACAGCGUGCACAUUCACAGGCACAGCGGGCUGUUGUCGGCGCUGGGGCUGGCCCUGGCAGAUGUGGUCCACGAGGCUCAGGAGCCCUGCUCCCUCUCCUACACCCCUGAGACUUUCGUGCAGCUGGACCAGAGGUUGAGCCGCCUGGAGGAGCAGUGUGUGGAGGCCUUGCAGGCCCAGGGCUUCCCCAGAUCCCAGAUCAGCACCGAGAGCUUCCUGCACCUGCGCUACCAGGGCACGGACUGUGCCCUCAUGGUGUCUGCCCACCAGCACCCAGCCACGGCCCACUCCCCCCACGCCGGAGACUUCGGGGCAGCCUUUGUGGAGAGGUACAUGAGGGAGUUUGGCUUUGUCAUCCCUGAGAGGCCGGUGGUGGUAGACGACGUCAGGGUGAGGGGCACUGGCCGCAGUGGCCUCCGGCUGGAGGACGCACCCAGAGUGCAGACCGGGCCUCCCCGUGUGGACAAGGUGACCCAGUGCUAUUUUGAGGGAGGCUACCAGGAGACCCCAGUGUACCUGUUAGGAGAGCUGGGCUAUGGCCACCAGCUCCAUGGGCCCUGCCUCAUCAUCGACAGCAAUAGCACCAUACUUGUGGAGCCUGGCUGCCAGGCAGAAGUGACGGAGACCGGGGAUAUCCGCAUCUCUGUGGGGGCCGAGGCGCCCAGCACAGUGAGCACCAAGCUCGAUCCCAUCCAGCUGUCCAUCUUCUCACACCGCUUCAUGAGCAUCGCUGAGCAGAUGGGCCGCAUCCUGCAGCGCACGGCCAUCUCCACCAACAUCAAGGAGCGCCUCGACUUCUCCUGUGCCCUCUUUGGACCCGAUGGGGGUCUGGUCUCCAAUGCCCCGCACAUCCCUGUGCACCUAGGUGCAAUGCAGGAGACCGUGCAGUUCCAGAUCCAGCAUUUGGGCGCCAAUCUGCACCCUGGCGACGUUCUGCUCAGCAACCAUCCCAGUGCGGGAGGCAGCCAUCUUCCGGACCUGACUGUCAUCACUCCCGUGUUUUGGCCAGGUCAGACUCGGCCUGUGUUCUAUGUGGCUAGCCGCGGGCACCACGCUGACAUUGGGGGUAUCACCCCAGGCUCCAUGCCCCCCCACUCCACGACACUGCAGCAGGAGGGCGCUGUCUUUUUGUCCUUCAAGCUGGUCCAGGGGGGAGUCUUCCAGGAGGAAGCGGUGACAGAGGCCCUGCGGGCACCGGGCAAGAUCUCCGGCUGCAGCGGAACCAGGAACCUGCAUGACAACCUGUCCGAUCUCCGGGCCCAGGUGGCAGCCAACCAGAAGGGCAUCCAGUUGGUGGGAGAGCUAAUUGGGCAGUACGGCCUGGAUGUGGUGCAGGCCUACAUGGGCCACAUUCAGGCGAACGCCGAGCUGGCCGUGCGGGAUAUGCUGCGGGCCUUCGGCGCGUCCCGGCAGGCCCGGGGCCUGCCCCUGGAGGUGCUGGCCGAGGACUACAUGGACGACGGCUCCCCCAUCCGCCUCCGCGUUCAGGUCAACCUCAAUCAGGGCAGCGCUGUGUUUGACUUCACCGGCACCGGGCCUGAGGUGUUCGGCAACCUCAACGCCCCGCGCGCCAUCACGCUGUCCUCGCUCAUCUACUGCUUGCGGUGUCUGGUGGGCCGGGACAUCCCACUCAACCAGGGCUGCCUGGCGCCCGUGCGCGUGGUGAUUCCCAGAGGCUCCAUUCUGGACCCAUCCGCGGAGGCCGCCGUGGUGGGCGGCAACGUGCUUACGUCGCAGCGCGUGGUGGACGUCAUCCUGGGGGCCUUCGGGGCCUGUGCCGCCUCGCAGGGCUGCAUGAACAACGUGACCCUGGGCAACGCCCACAUGGGCUACUACGAGACGGUGGCGGGCGGCGCGGGAGCGGGUCCUGGCUGGCACGGACGCAGCGGCGUCCACACCCACAUGACCAACACGCGCAUCACCGACCCCGAGAUCCUGGAGAGCCGGUACCCCGUCAUCCUGCGCCGCUUUGAGCUGCGGCCCGGCUCCGGAGGCCGCGGCCGCUUCCGGGGCGGCGACGGCGUGGUCCGCGAGCUGCUCUUCCGGGAGGAGGCGCUGCUGUCGGUGCUCACCGAGCGCCGCGCCUUCCGGCCGUACGGCCUGCACGGGGGCGAGCCUGGCGCCCGCGGCUUAAACCUGCUGAUCCGCAAGGAUGGCCGCACGGUGAACCUGGGCGGGAAGACGUCCGUGUCCGUGUACCCUGGGGACGUGUUCUGCCUUCACACGCCCGGCGGCGGGGGCUACGGUGACCCAGAGGACCCCGGCCCCCCUCCGGGUUCUCCUCCGCAGCCCCCAGCCUUCCCUGAGCGGGGCAGCGUUUAUGAGUACCGUCGUGCCCAGGAGGCCGUGUGAGGGACUUCGCCAUAAAUUAAAUCGCCGGCUUCUGGGGCAGAGGCCAGACCCAACACUGCG